GCUUGUACCGCUCUCUUUUACUAGUGGAAACGAUAGCACCCGUUGUGUGAGAGACGCAAUCACAACUCGCCAACCGAUUUUUCUCGGAUUUAAUUUUGUACUUUUUGAAAAAAGUUUAGAAAAAACGCACUCAGUUUGGAGUUAAUAACAAUCUACGUGGUAUGAAAGUGGAGCGGACGAUUCAAACUAAGUAAAAGAGGAGGUAACCGUGUCCGUUUGAUGGCUGCUGGGGAUGGAGCCCAGCUGCCUGCCACAGUAGCGGCCAGCCGGAGCGUGGAGAAGGCGCUCGAGGAGGCUGCCGCGAGCGGGGCUCUUAACUUGGCCAACCGAAAGCUGAAGGAGUUUCCCCGGAGCGCCAGGAACUACGACCUGUCCGACAUUACACAUGCAGAUCUGUCUAAGAACCGCCUGUGUGAGCUGCCGGAGGAGCUUUGUCAGUUCAUCUCUCUGGAGACGCUAAGCCUUUACCACAAUGGGAUGCGUUCACUGUCCCCCAGCCUGGGCAACCUCCAGGCCCUCACCUACCUCAACCUCAGUCGUAAUCUUCUGUCCAGUUUACCCCCGUCAGUGUUUGAGCUUCCCCUCCUGCGAGUGCUCAUAGUCAGCAACAACAAGCUGUGUUCCCUGCCUGCCUCCAUACACUCCCUCACACACCUCCGACAGCUGGAUGUCAGCUGUAAUGAGCUGCAGAGUUUGCCUGCAGAGCUCGGCCAGCUUGAGUGUCUGAGGGACUUAAACCUGCGGAGGAACCAGCUCACCACUCUGCCUCAAGAAAUAUCAGAGCUCCCCCUUGUCCGGCUCGAUGUGUCCUGCAAUCGUGUUUCCCACGUGCCCUUGUGCUACCGCCACCUCCGGCAUCUCCAGAGCAUCCUGCUUGACAACAACCCGCUGCAAAUGCCUCCCGCACAGAUCUGCUCCAAGGGCAAAUACCACAUCUUCAAGUACCUGAACAUGGAGGCCUGCAAGAGGAGCCAGGAGGAGCUGGAGAGACGCCUGCGGCCCACGGGCUUCAACAGCUGUCUGUCAGACCAGGAGCUGUUCACAGGUCAGUUUGGAGGGUUGGACUCUGGCUUCAACAGUGUGGACAGUGGCAGCAAGCGGUGGUCUGGGAAUGAGUCAGCAGAUGACUUCUCUGAGCGUUCUCUUCGCCUGGCUGAGGGCAGCAGAGAGCAGAGGAACCUGGAGGAGGAGGAUGAAUCUCCUCUGAAUGCUAACAAAGUGAAUGGCCAGGCUGAGCAUGUGGACCUGAUGGACAGCAGUGUGACAGAGGAAGAGGAGGACGAGAUGAGGAUGGACCGGCCCACAGCUGGUGUCCCAGCACCUCCUCUGGAGCAGAAGGAGAGUUGUUCACCAGCCCAAACCCAGGACUCCGCAGCAUGCAGGUCCAGCCUCCAUUUGGAGGUGGGACCCCCAUCAUCGUCCCCCUCCAGCCCCACCCUGGAGGAGCGGCGGCGGCCAGGCACGCUGUUCAUCUGGCAGGAGAGAGAGCGGCUGCAGCAGCAGCAGAGAGACAAGGCCAGUUUGCUGAAGUCCUCCGCCAAAGCAGGAAGUCAUGUGGCCACUACACCACAGACAGAAAGUAGCUCAGCUGGAACUUCUCCAGAGAACAGCAGCUCCCAGCCGGCCCUGCGGCAGCGAUGUGCUAGUGCUGAACAGAUGAGCGCAGUGUUUCCUUCAACUCUGGUGCAACGCUCCAGCAGCAGGACAGAUGAUCCGUCCUCCCCGAAGACAUCCCCUCCCCCUGGUCAGGCCCAGAGACCCAACAGUUUCCUGUUCCGCGCCUCGUCCCGCAGCAAUGUCAAAUCCACAGGGUCGGGCUUUACUCUCGGGGAGUCGGGCAGAAGUGAGUCUCGCACCAUGCUGCGUUCUACUAAAGACGAGAGAGCAGAUGUCACCCAGCUACGCAAAACUCUGGAGUCUCGGCUGAAGAUCUCUCUGCCGGAGGAUCUGGCCGAUGCCUUAUCCAAUGGCACAGUCCUCUGCCAGCUGGCCAAUCAGAUCCGACAACGCUCUGUGUCAAUCAUCCACAUUCCCUCCCCAGCAGUGCCAAAGCUGAGUCCGGCAAAGUGUCGACUCAACGUGGAAAACUUCAUCGCUGCUUGUCGUAAGCUGGGAGUCCCUGAGACGGACCUGUGUGUGUGCUCUGAUGUGCUUCUGUGUAAGCUGCCCGCUGUGCUGCGCUGUGUGACGGCACUGCUGGCUGCUGGGGGGGGGGAGACGGCCGAGAACCCGUUCCCCCGCCACUCCUCGUCGUCCUCGUUGCUGUCCACAGACUUCCUGCUCUUCUACUGCGCAGCCAUGGCCCUGCUCUACGCCCUCUACUGCUGUCUGCUCACCUAGAGGAGACACACAGACACACACACACACACACACACACACACACACACACACACAGAUGACCGGGAAAUGCCUUCACUCUGUAACAGCCAGCAUGUUUGGAGGAUGAGGUUGAGACAUGAAUGGACGGAGCAAAGGAACCACAGCCUCAGCUGAAUCCCAAUACUAUACCUUUCCUUCCUACCUUCUUUACAACAAUGAACACUGGUGGACACAGAGCAACAACAGUGUUCAUGCACCGCACACUUGUGUGUGUGUGUGUGUGUAGGUGGAGCAUUCAGACUGUGGCCCCCAGGGAACAGAUGAGGGCCCGAUCAUUGCUGACCAACAGCUGAAUACCUCACGGAGAAUGUCUAAUUUCGUCCAUUGUAAAAAGGACUAAACAUUGAGGGGGAACAUUGAGCACUUGAGGGGGUUAUGGUAUUGUUAGUAUGGACCUUUUUCACAGCAGACAUUUUGACUUGUCAUAGUAGGAAAAGCACAGCUGAAAUUGAUAACCUUAAUGAUGGCUCAAUUCCAUUAAGUGUCCCAGUCAGCAUGCACAAUACCAGGGCCUGCAGAAGCAGGCUGGCACCCUGUGCAUGGGAAACAUAGUUCAACCUAAAGCUGUGUCACUUGAUGCACUGUUGCAACAUGUGAAGUUGCAACAGAGCAGUGUUCUUUGUGGCUGAGCCCUCUCAUACACUCAGGGGUUCCAGCCAUUGAUCACAAGCUUUAUUGUUACGGUGUAACAAGGUGUAUUAUUCAGGGUUUCACUUUCACAGCUCUGGCCAUUAGUGUGACCUGUAAUGAUAACAGUCACUUGAUCACACAGUUUGGUCAAACGUAUGUGAAAGAGAAAAGGCGGCAGAGACCUAAAUCAUAAACCCAAAUCCUUCAUAUUCACUAGCUUCCUAACAUAAGAACAUAGUGUAUACUUUUCAGUGUAUAGUAUGGAAUUGGGAAACGGUGAGAAAUGUCAGGAGUUUACUUGAAUGCUGAUGUUACAGGUUCUAUCUAGAUAUCCUUAGAAAACUCUAAAUGGAUUGAUUGAUUUCUCUGCAUCACUCAGCCAGAAAGACUGUUUCUUCAGCUCAGCUCUUCCUCUGAGAAGUAUUGAAGUCAUACUCCCGCUGAGAGAGAAGCUGUUGAAGUAAGCUGAGACUGAACUGUGAAUGUGAUCUUUUAGCCUUGAGACAGAUGCACGUUAGUUUGUGGAUCCUGGGUGUUACAGAACCCAAUGAUGAUACAGUGCCUCUUACUGAACACUGACUGACCUUUUGCCCAUCAUGUCCAAACGGUACAAAACCCCUGCAGGAGGGGUGUGUGGAAAGUUUUUUUUUUUGUCGUCACUGUGUGUUGGAACAGCUUCAUGUUUGUAUAAAUGUAAACAGGCUAUUAAAUUAUGGCUUUUUUUUUUAUUAAUUCUGUUCUGUUUUUGGUUAUUUUUGUUUGAGGUGAAAUAGCAGAGGCGUCACUAAUUUGGGCUUGUUGCUAACUAAACACACAUUGGAAUGGAAUUAGAAGCUAAUAGUGAGAUUUUUGGGAUUCAAAGUGCAAAGAGCUACAAAUUCAGAUAAUGUAUAGAAGUUACUCUUACCAAAGCCUCAAACUACAUUUAACAGGGACACUAAAACUUUCAAUGUAACAUAUCAUAGGGAACAACAAAUAAUGUAAGAAUUACUGAAAUAGCAUUUUUAUAAGCUUCUUUCCCUGUAGAACAUCAGAGGUGAACCAUACAGAGAUUUUCCCCAUAUCAGCGAUUCAGAUCAAUAUUAAAUAAGUAAUUAUGAAAGAACUGACCACAUUAAUACAAAUGAAUUAAAUAAGAAAUUAUAAAACUUUCAUAAUGUCACUUUUUCAAUCCCUCUUUUAGGCAAAGUCGACAAGUGCUAGCAAAUGUAGCCAGCUUCUUCCUGUUAGCUAGAGCUACAACAGUGUCAAUGUCAUCGACAACUAGCUGUUGCUGCAAAUAAACCCACAGCAACUAACUCUCCUUGCAUUUAGCUGAACAGCUAAAUUGUUCCUUGUGAGCUAGGAAUAAUACUGUUAGAUAUCAAAGUGAAGACUCAGCAUUAGCUAGCUCCUGUGUGUUUGAGCGACCACAGAGGAAGACAGAGUUGUGUGUUUCUCUGAAAAACAUCCAAUCUAAACGCGUUACAGUUAGCUGCAGCUGACACCAGCUCUUCACUUUGAUGGCCAGUAAUAAUCCAAGCUGAUUUACCCACCUAGCCAGUUAGCAGGCUAGGUGGGUUAUCUCUAGUUUGUUUUUCAGCUUCUGAUUGCUUCAAAAUGACAUUAUCGUCAUUGUCUAGCUAACAGGCUAACUGUGGGAGCUUUUUUAAGAAGCAGGGAAAAUAAAAGUAUCCCUGGGAAAAAAAUGCCAAAUCAUAAAACUGACUUUUGAAAUAACGGUAUGCAAUGUAAUACAAUUUAAUUCAGUCCAUUCGCACGGUUUGUGCGUCUGGACAAAAUAGCCUAAUGAAACAUUUCAUAGUAAGGGUAGUAGUAAUAUUUUCUUAAAUCAAUUCACAAGCUAUUGCUUCACCUACAGCAGUAAACCCAAUCUUUAAGGCUAUUUCAAACAAUAUAUGAAUGCAAAUGUAUUUCAUAAUGUUUUAUUUAUUUUAAAUGAAACACUUUUGAAGCUGCAUCAUAGUUUUAUAACUUGAUUAACUUAUUUAAAAGGUGGACGGCACACUGGUAUUUCUGUCCAGUCCACAUGUCUGCUGUUGUCUCCAGGUCACAAUGUCCACUGUAAAGCCGUUCCCCCGCCCCGUCCCAGGUCUCACGUUUCUUAUCAGCCUGCUGUUAAUAUGAAAUGUUAUACCCUUUCAGUUGAAGAUGUAGAGUUAAUAAAUGAAACUAGAUAAGCAACAUUUCAUUCACAUAAUUUAAUAUGUUAGCGCCACACAAAUACAGUUGUAUUUUAUAUUUUAUACCCUUGUAUUAUUGAGAAUAAUGUUUGUUUAAAUAAAUAUAUAUGUAAAGUUUUUCUCCCCGCUGUAAAGAAAUUAUUAAAAAAUGAACUAUGA